AGCUUGUGACACACCUGAAAAGCUAGUUAACACACACUUAGUAACUGAUGACCAUACAAGAAACUGAGGCUAAAGCCAUCUGCCUCAUUGAUGAUGUAUCUCAAAGGUCUGAUAAUCUCCCAGUUCUUGGUGGUGCUGGUGGUGAAGAACAGCUCGGCACUCUCGUGUGUGCCGUGUUAUCUUUUAUCUGGAUGUCCAGAGCUGAAAUGUCCGGGCGGAAAAGUGAUCGGUCUGUGCGGUUGCUGCUACGUGUGUGCCAAACAACUAGACGAACGCUGUGGGGGUCUGUAUGGUUUAAUUGGGACAUGCGACCAGGGACUCCAAUGUGUUCUCCCACCUCAAGAAGUCAAUGAGACAGUUACAAUUAUUCAUCAUGUAGGAGUUUGUCAAGCAAAAACCACGCCAGGACCUGAAGCAACAAUACGACCAGCUAAUGGCCAUACAACACCCAGCACACCAAUGGCUGGCAUACUAACAACACGAGGAGAGGAUUUCACAGAACACAAAACACCUGACCACCAAGAAGCAAAAACCACAGCAAGAAAUGAAGAGACGACACGACCAGCCAAUCCCACACUGAGAAAUAACACUUCACCAGCACAACAAGGUGAUGUUCUUAAAACCGGCACCACACUGAGACAAAACACAUCAAUAGUACAACAAGCUAAUGGCCAUACAACACCUAGCACACCAAUGGCUGGCAUACUAACAACACGAGGAGAGGAUUUCACAGAACACAAAACACCUGACCACCAAGAAGCCAAAACCACAGCAAGAAAUGAAGAGACGACACGACCAGCCAAUCCCACACUGAGAAAUAACACUUCACCAGCACAACAAGGUGAUGUUCUUAAAACCGGCACCACACUGAGACAAAACACAUCAAUAGUACAACAAGUUUCUCCUGGUCCUUCCAACAUGAAUACAAGUCCAGAUUCAAAGCUGCAAAAUGGAGUUUCUGCAUUCCUCCGAACAAAAGGAGUCGACGUUUUAUGCCUCAUCAUGUCUCUUUGUGUUUUGUCUCUUUUGAAAUGAUGUCUGUAUUGUGAUUUAACUAACUUGUGUGUGUGUGUGUGUGUGUGUUUUGCCUGUAUAUACUUAGUGCUGAUUGCCAUUCUACUUCUGUUUCAAGAAUUUAACACUCAACA